UGAUUUAUAUGAUUUUUUAGGAACAGGAAAAACAUAUUUUACAAUUGAUACUCAAUGAGAAGAAUAAAGCUAAAUUAGAACUUGAAAAUAACAUGUUUCGGUUAGUGAAGAGUGAGAUGAAAGAAUCGUAUGAUAAUUUGGAUGUCAAACGGCAGAAAACAAAUAGAGAACAAGAAAAUAAUGUUUUUCGCGUAGUGAAGAGUGAGGUGAAACAAGAGUUUAAAAUUUUAAAUGCCAAAUUGAAAGAGGAAAAACGAGAAUAUAACAGCUAUCUUUCGAAUCUGAUGAAACGUGAAAGGAAACAAAUAGAAACUCUGAGGAAAAAAUUUCAAAAUAAAAUAUCAAAAGAAGUAAAGGGAAUUUUGCAAAGGCAAGAAGGAAUAGAGGAAAAUUUACGGAAAUUAACUGCAGAACAAGAACACAUACAAUCAAAGGAAAAAAUUUUCUCGAAAGUGCCAGAGCAGGAAAUAAAACAAGUCGAAGAACCGUCAAAUAAAAGGAUUUUAUCACAGAACGGAAUUGGAUCUAGUCAUGCGGAGAAAAAUAAAGCAGACAGUGAGAAUGAAAGCAGUCAAAACACAACAGUCACUAGUAACGAGGGCAGCAGUGAAGCAGACUUAGAAGAUGUAAGAAGUCAGAACACAGCAGCAGCUAGUAACGAGGGCAGCAGUGAAACAGACUUAGAAGAUGUAAGAAGUGUAAGUAUCUCGUAUUCCUUGAAAUAAUCAAUGUUCGAAAGACAAAAAUAUAUUCG